GUUUGUUUUCCUGCUGUUAGCAUGCUAACAGGCUAGCUGCGGUCGUUAGUUAACGUUAGUUCCUCUAUAAACCGGCCGUUAACGCUGAUAACGCUCCGUAAAGUGCCAGCUGUCCGCAGCAGGCAGUCCGGGUCGGACCGGGUCGGACCGGGUUCGAGCCGGGCUCGAGCCGGGCUGUGGUCAGUCUGUGGGUGUUUCUGACGGGUUAGCUCUUCCGCUGCCUCUGCGGUUUAACAGCAGGAUUAACGCUCAGCACAAGCGGAUUACGCGCGGCUUCAUGACGUCAUAAUGCGAACACGUGUCUGGAUGUUGUAAUCACGUGGUGUUUCUGUUAUUCUGUCCACCGCAGAGUUUGCUCGUGACUUGACUCCUGGACUUUUCCAGUCCUUCAGAUUCAGCAGGAGCUGUUGUCAUAGCAACAGGUCCUUAAAUCCAAACCUGCACGAGUUUCAGCCUGUAACAGUUACUGAGAGUGUAAAGCAUUAAAGCAGUGCAGCGUCCCUGUGGCUGCUGUGCUGUUAUAUAUUCUAUCAUCAGGUUAUUAUUCCUCGUGCAUUAAUGUAAAAGAUGAGGUGAGCAGCUGCAGCCAGGAAGUGAUUUACAGGAGAAACGACUUCAAACAUCAAAACAGCUGCUGAUUAAUCUUCUGUCAGUCGACUGAUCGACUCAGCUGCACUCGAAUAAACUGCUGGAGUUUCAUUUAUAACGAAACAUCAGAUUUAAUAAACUCUUCGUGUGUUUUAACAUGUAAAGUAACUAAAGCCGUCAGAUAAAUGUAGUGACGUACAAACAGUACCUGAGGAACCUGUGGUGUCUGAUGCAGCUGGGCGGCGCCCCCUGCUGGACGGAGUUACUGCAUGAGCACCUGACCGUCCAUCAGCUCUGCUCUGCGUCACUGAAGACCCCGUCGACCUGUGGGCAUGGAGGCGCGGCUGCUGAUUGGGUGGCAGCAGGAGAAGGCGGAGCUUAAACAGGAAGUGUGUCGUCUGCAGGAGGAGCUGGCAGAGAGUCGAGCAGAGAGAGAGGAGCUGGAGUCCAGGAGCAGAGCUCUCAAUGACAGGCUGUGCCAGUCAGUGUCUCCCUCGCUCGCCCUCUCGCUGCGAGUGGAGGGUGAGCAGAGGGAGUGGAGGAGGAGGGUGAGGGAGGGGAGAGAGAGGGAGGCCAGACAAGCUCUGCUCAUCCACCGGCUGCAGAACAAGGUGCUGGAGUACAAAGAUCGAUGUCAGCAUGUGGAGCUUCAGCUGCAGGAAGAACACACAAAGCUGCUCAACACUGAGCGGACGAUCAGAGAUGAACACAGUGACUCUCUGGAGAGCGCCCUCAUCAGGCUGGAGGAGGAACAACAGAGGUCAGUCAGUCUGGCUGAUACAAACGCUCUCCUCCGGGAGCAGCUCAGCCAAUUAGAGCAGACCAACCAGGCCCUGAGGGAGGACCUCCAGAAGCUGACAUCUGAUUGGACAAGAGCUGUGGAGGAGGCGGAGCAGAAAGAGGAUGAUUGGCAGAGAGAGAGGGAGUGUCGGUCAGGUCAUGUGGGUCAGCAGCAGACCCGGCUGCUGUCAGUUUGGAGGUCUGUGGUCGCUCUGAGGCGACACUGUCACACCGUCAAAACCGCCGCCGACAGGGAUCUGUGGCAGUUGAGGGCGGAGUUUUCUCGUCUGUCCUCCUCUCUCCUCUCCAGCUGUGACUCCGUGUCCUCCUCCCUGAGGCUCAGCGCUCCUCCCAUCAAAACCUUCUCCUCUCUGCCUCCCCCUUCCUCCUCUCCUCCUCUGUCCUCCACCCUGGUCACCCCCCCUCCAGACUCCUCACCAGUUGUUCCUCCCCUCAUCUCCUCCUCCACCCUGGGCACUUUCACUUUGGGAGAGCUGGAGAACAAAGAGGAGGAGACUGAGGAGGAGGAGGAGCAGCAGAGGUGGGAGGAGAAGGAGCGAGAGAUUUCAGAGUUGAAGCUUCUUCAUGAGACACAAGUUUUACAGCUGAAUGAACGGAUUGCGGCGCUCUCUCGCCCGCUGCAGGUGGAGGCCGGUGAGAGGGAGGAGAGAGAGCGAGAGGUCGAGAGACAUAGGGCAGCAGAGAGGAGGCUGCAGUCUGUCAGUCAGGCCGUGAUCAAGCUGUCCAGAGUCCUGAGCGGCAGCGGCAGCAGUCGGUCUCUGUGCGUCUCCUCAGACAGCGUCCUCAGUCUGGAUCUGUCCUCCCUGCUGUCUGUCCUGUCUCACGCUGAGAGCGCCCUGCAGUGGAGACACGAGGAGCUGCAGGGGGCGGAGCUAUCUCUGCGGCGGCUCGGCGAGGAGAAAUCGGCCGCGCAGCUCCGACUGAAACAGCUGGAGGACGACAACCAGCGGCUGCACGCACACACGCAACACACACAGCUGGAGCUCACGCACACUCUGGACACACUGAGCAGGGAGCGUGAGGCGGCGUCCUCGCUGCAGCUGCAGUUGGAGGAGGCGCAGAGGAGGGAGGAGGAGGUGCAGAGAGAGAACGACAGGCUGAGGAGGGAGAGAGACAGACAGGAGGACAGAAACAGACAGCUGGAGACGGAAACACAGCGACGAGUUGAGACUGAAAUGUUGGAGAACGUCCAGCUGACUGAGAGAGAAACCCUCCACCGUAUGGAGAUCCACACUCUGAAGGGGGCGCUGGAGAGGCAGCAGUUGGACAGACAGAGAGCAGAAGAAGAGGCUGCUGACACCAGAGACGCCCUGCAGAAGUCCAGGGAGAGUGUGUUGCGUCUCUCGUCCUCUGAGUGUCUGUUGAAGCGGGAGGUGGAGGAGGGAAGGGACGCUCUGGACAAGAUGGCCGCCCUGACCUCGGCUCUGGCCUCAGACAAGAGAGAGCUGAACAAACAACUGCUGCAGCUCGAGUGUGAGCUGUCAGACAGCCAAUCACAGCUGCAGGCUCUGAGGUCAGAGGUCAGCUCUUUGCAGAGAGAGGUCAAAACCCUCAACCUGGACUGCAGCCAGCUCAGAGCACAGAGAGAGGCGGAGGCUGACCUCGUCCGUCAGCUGAGAGAAAGAGAGAGAGAGAUGGAGAGAAUAAUGGAGGAGAAGGAGAGACAGUUGGUCUCCCUGAUGGAGGAGAGAGAGAGGGAUGGAGGUCAGCUGAAGGAGCUGUCCUCCCAGCAUGCCUCAGUGUGCGGGGAGCUGAAGGAGGCGCAGGAGCAGCUGCGGCAGGCAGUGGAGGAGGUGAGGAGGAGAGACAGGCAGCAGGAGGAGCAGCAGAGAGAGAGCAGGAAGCUGCAGGAGGAGCAGGACAGUCUGCAGAGACGCAGGAAGCAGCUGGAGGACGAGCUGCAGGAGCUCAGGUCUCUGUCAGUGUCUCUCCACCAGCAGCUCAGUCAGCAGCAGAAGCAGCUCUCACAGUCGGAGGUGGACAGAUGUCAGCUGCACACACACAUUCACACUCUGCAGCAGGCCAAAGAGACUUUACACGGGGAGAUCGAGUGUCUGAGAGGAGAGCUGGAGAGAGCGAUGGCUGAGAGAGAAGACAAGAGGGAGAGGAGAGAGAGGAGCGAGGAGAGGGAGGCGCUGAUGGAGGACACAGAGAGGCUGACCGAGGAGGCAGAGGAGCAGAGGAGGAGGAAAGACGAAGAGGAGAAGGAGGAGAGGGAGGCCUGGCAGAGAGAGAGGGAGGCUCUGAGCGAGGAGCUGGGCACGAGGGAUGGAGAGGUGGAGGCGCUGAAGAGGCGCAUAGAGGGACUGAUGGAGGAGGAGGAGGCGAGACAAAAAGAAGUGGAGAGACUAAGGGAGGAGGUGACGGAGAAGGAGGCACAAAUCAGCCACAUGAUGGACAGAAUACGGCAGGCGGAGGGAGAGAUGGAGAGACUGGGGGAGGAGGUGAAGAGGGCGGAGGUUAAGUUUAAAGAGGAGGAGGUGAGGAGGGACGGCGAGGUCGAGGCCCUCUGCGACCGGAUGGAGAGAUUAGAAAGAGAAAAGGAGGAGAGGGAGGAGGAGAUGGAGCGACUGAGGAGUGAAGCAGAAGAGGUGGAGAGAUGGAGGAUGAGGGUGGAGGAGGUGGAGGAGGAGAUUAACAGACUGAGAAAAGAAACCUCCGUACUAGAGGAGGACAGAGAGGAGGAGAGGAGAGAGAAGGAGAGACUGCGAGACAAAAAGGAGGAGGUGGAGGGGGAACUGUUGGAGAGGCUGAAGGAGAAGGUGGGGGAGGUGGAGCUGCUGAAGGUGAGGUUGAACGUGGCCAAGGAGGAGUGUGAGGAGAUGAAAGAGGAGGUGGAGCGGAGGGAGCGCAGCCUGGAACGACAGAUGAGCGCCGUGAGGGAGAGGGAGGAGGAGGUCGAGGAGCUGAAGGAGCGCCUGAGGCUGGCAGAGGAGCAGGAGGAGGAGGGAGCAAGGGAGUGUCAGGAGGCGAACGACAAACUGAAGCAGAAGGAGGCGAGGGAGGAGCAGCUGGAGGCGCUGCUGAAAGAAACCCGGGCGCUCCUGGAGAAAGAGAAGAGGGAGGGAGGAGAAAAAGACAACAGGAUCUCCUCACAGGCCAGGGAGCUGCAGGAGGCCCGGGCAGAGAGCGAGGGAGCGAGGAGGAGAGCCAGAGAGAGGGAGGAGGCCCGCGACAGACUGGAGGAGGAGGUGAAGGAGUGGAGGGAGAAGGCAGAGCGGAGCUUGAGGGAGGGGGCCAAAUUUAACCAUAUCCUGAAGGAUCGAGAGGAGGAGGUGCAGCAGUUGAGAGCCAUGCUGGAGGAGAGGGAGGAGGAGGAGAGAGAAAAGGAGGCACUGAGGAGAACAGAGGUGGAGAGGAGGAGGAGGCUGGACAACAAGCUGACAGAGUUGGAGGAGGAGAAGGGGAGGCUGGAGGAGAAAGUAAGGGAGGUGGAGGAGGAGCGGGAGGAGGACAGGGAGGCACUAAGGAGAGCCAGGGAGGAGUGGAGGAGGUUGGAGGACAGAUGGGAAGAGAUGGAAAGGGGGGUGCAGGAGCAAAGAGAGGUGCUGAGGAGGACAGAGGAGGAGAAGAGGAGGCUAGAAAACAAACUGAAGGAGACAGAGGAGGGGAGGAAGGGAGAUGAGGAGCUUCUGAGGAGGGUGACGGAGGAGAAGAAGAGGUUGGAGGAUGAGCUGAUAGAGAAGGAGAAAGAAAUUGAGGGACAGAGGGAGGUACUGAGGAGUAAAGAGGAGGAGAAGAUGAGGCUGAAGGAUGAAUUGAAGGAGGCUAAAGAGGAGCGAGGGAGACUCGUGGAGUCUGAGAGAGGUCAGCAACUCCUGGUGGAGGAGAGAGGGAGGUCCAGAGUGAGGGAGCUGGAGGAGGAGAAGGCAGGACUGUCGGUGGAGCUGAGGAGGAGGGAGAGGGAGGUGACAGCUCUCAGAGAGGAGGUGCAGAGGGAGAGGGAUAAGGUACAGGAGGAGCUGAGGAGGAGGAGAGAGGAGGUAUCUGUACUUAGAGAGGAGGUAAUAAGGGAACAAAGGGAGAAGGAGGAGAUAGAGGAGAAGUUGAGGAGAACUGAGAAGGAGGUGACAGCUCUCAGAGGGGAGGUGAAAAGGGAACAAAGGGAGAAGAAGGAGGCACAGGAGGAGAUGACAGUCCUCAAGGACAAGGUACAGGAGGAGCUGAGGAGGAGCGAGAGGGAGGUGUCUGUACUUAGAGAGGAGGUACAAAAGAAACAAAUGGAGAAGAAUGAGGCCCAGGAGGAGCUGAUGAAGAGGAGAGAAAAGGCGACAGCUCUCAGAGAGGAGGUGCAGAGGGAGGAGAUACAGGAGGAGCUGAGGAGGACCAAGAAUGAGUUGACAGUCAUCACAGAGGAGGUACAAAGGGAAGAAAAGGAGAAGGAGCAGGUACAAGAGAAGUUAAUGAGGACUGAGAAGGAGGUGACUGCUCUCAGAGAGGAGGUGCAGACGGAGAGGAGGCAGAGGGAAGAGAUACAGGAGGAGCUGAGGAGGAGCGAGAGGGAGGUGUCUGUACUUAGAGAGGAGGUACAAAAGAAACAAAUGGAGAAGAAUGAGGCCCAGCAGGAGCUGAUGAAGAGGAGAGAAAAGGCGACCGCUCUCAGAGAGGAGGUGCAGACGGAGAGGAGGCAGAGGGAGGAGAUACAGGAGGAGCUGAGGAGGACCGAGAAUGAGUUGACAGUCAUCACAGAGGAGGUACAAAGGGAAGAAAAGGAGAAGGAGCAGGUACAAGAGAAGUUAAUGAGGACUGAGAAGGAGGUGACUGCUCUCAGAGAGGAGGUGCAGACGGAGCGGAGGAGGCGGGAGGAGGCCCAGGAGGAGCUGAGAGGAGUGCAGCAGAGCGUGGAGGUGAUGGCGGUGAACCUGAGCUCCCUGCAGAGUCAGGUGUGUGAGCUGAGUCAGAGCAGGGAGCGAGUGAGGCAGGAGGUGAAGGAGAAGGAGGAGGAGAAGCAGCAGAUGAAGGAGGGUCUGAAGGCCGCACUGGAGGAGAUGACCAAGCUGAAACUCCUCCUGCAGGAGAGCCACGCAGACGGGGUGCGACUGAGGAGCGCCCUGAAGGAGAAGAAGGAGGAGGUGGAGAGGUUCAGAGAGGAGAGCCUGCGGGCCGUAAGGGAGGAGGUGCUACAAGAGAGGGAGGAGGUUGAGAAGGAGCGAGGGGAGUUGGAGGAGCUGAGAGCCAGAGCCCAGGCCCUGGAGAGGAGGAGGAGGGAGAUGAUGGAGGAGCUAGAGGAGGCUCGACAGGCGAAGAAGAAGGCGGGGGAGAAGAUGAGGGAGGCGGAGGAGCGGUGGAGGAGCAGAAUGGAAGAGAUGGAGGAGCAGCAGGAGGUGAAGCUGAAAGCUCUGUCGAGAGAAAUCCAGACGCUGAAGGAGAGAGAGGAGGACACGGAGAAGGAGUGGAGGUCCAGGGUGGAGGAGGCAAGGAGGGAGGUGGAGAAGAGCCGGGCCGAGCUGAGCCAGGUCAGAGCCACGGCGGCCAUGUUGGAGGAGCAGAAAACACAGAUCUCCUCACUGGCUGCUGAGAGAGAGGAGGAGACAGACGGACAGAGGAGGACGAGAGACCAAAAGACAGACGACAAGGAGAAAGGAGAAGGAGAGCAGGAGGAGGAGCAGAUGUCCCUGCUGCAGGAGAAACAGGAGCUCAGGAGGCUGCUGAGGCACAGAGAAGCUGAGGUGUACACUCUGACUCAGAGGACGGAGGAGCUGGAGAAAGACAGGGAUCGUGUCCGAUUGGCUCUGGAGCGAACUGAGGCAGCUAUGAUUGGCUACAGGGAGAGAGCCCACCAACAGGAGCAGAGCCCGGGGGCGGGCUCUAACCCAGACGAGCAGGGUGUGGGGGACAGACUGGUGGUCCUGCAGCGUCUCGUGGCUGAACUGGAGCUGGAACAGAAACGACUGAACAAGAAAAACUCUCAUCUGGAAAAUCAGAAAGAAAAACUGAAGAGAGACAGAAACACACUGAGAGACACACUGAGACAGGUGGAGGAGGAGCGUUCGAGGUUCAGACAGCAGCUGACUGACAGCAGCAGAUCUCAGGUGAGACACACACACACGCAUAUCUCUGUGUGCGAGUGUGUGUGUAAAGCUGUCUGGUUUUUUCAGGAGUCUGCAGACACCACAGAAGAAGAACGCCUGAGGAGCAGAGUGAGGGAGCUGGAGGACCAGGUGAGUCAGCUCCGUCUCUCAUUGGCUGUGGAUCAGCAGCAGAGGGCGGAGUUUAUCCAGCAGUCCUCCAGAAACAGCCGGUGGCUGCUCUCUCUGAGACACGACCUCACCGAUUCGCUGGCCGCCGUCACACGCCGUCCAGUCUCGUCCGUCCUGGAGUCUGAGACACAGCGAUUGGACCGCAGCCUGAGAGAGGAGGAGCUUAGGAUGUCCCUCAGCCAAUCAUAAUGUCUGAAAAAUAAAAACUCUUAACUGAAGCUUUUGACCAAAAACUUUAAACCAAAACAAGCUCAAAGACAAUCUGCCGUUUGCUGUCGCCAUGGAAACAGCCCGACGCAGGCUGCAUUCAGGAACCAGUGGGACAGUCGGCACAAACGAAGUUAUCAAAGGUCGGCACGCAGUAUGACCUCACGUUUACAGUGUGAACACGAACCGGACCACAGGUGUGACUGACACCUGAGACACACGUAGAACAGACACCGUGUCCGUGUAGUCCGUCUGUCAUGAGAUCUGGAUCCGGGUUUGUGUCGAACCUUUGGGGGGUUUCAUGUCUGUUUACUGUAGUUUUAUCCACAGAACAAAGCACAGCUCCUGCACCUCCACUGGUAAAGGUGUGUUUUGUGUGGUAUUGGUACUGAAGUGAAGUCUCUGAAUACUUCUGCCCCCACUGCCGUCCGCACAAACCAGUUCACCAGACCAGUUAGAUUUUUUAACUGUUUGAAACCCGAGCAACCAGUUUCAGUUUCACCACGUGAGGUCCUCAUGUCCAGUUAUUGAUCAGUUAUUAUCAUAAAACUUCCUGAGUUAUUUAUUCUUCUGUAUUUAUAUUUUCAUUCCUGUCAGACUCCUGAGCCGUGAAACACUACGUUUCCCAUGAUCCUCCAGUCUGAGCUGUGAGUCUGGCUCAUAUGAAGGUCAGAGGUCAGCUGCGUGUUUGUGUAAAGUUCAAUAAAACCAAAGUUUUGAUCUUUAA